GAUAAGGAUAAGGAUAAGGAUGAGGAUAUGGUGCUGGACUUAGGCACAGCUUUUCAGGGGAGUGUGUUUGAGAAGUUGCACGUGUUGCCACGUCAGCUUGCUCGUCUGGAGACGGAUGUCUGCUGCACGUAUGUCAGAUUGUUCCUGGGUUUUAUCGAGGCCCUCGGUAGAAUUCAUCUCAUGGUAAAGAGUGUCGAGGACUUCAGCGCAGAAUUCACAGAAUUUUUGACAAACGAGGGCAGUUGUUCAAAGACAGUUGUUGAAGCACUCAGCAAUGCGCCGAAGAAAUUCGUGACCAAGUUCUUGAAACGGUAUCGGGAGAAGGAUGAGGAUGAGGAGGAUGGGGAUGACGAUGAGGCCGACGAGGAGGAAGAGAAGGAAGAUAAGACUGAGGAGGAUGAAGAAGAUAAGGAGGAUGAGGAUGAAGAGGUUGAAGAUGAGGAGGAAGGGGAGGUUAAGGAGGCGGAUAAAAAUAAAGUUGAGGAUAAAGAAGAGGAUAAGGAUGAGGAUAAGGAUGGUUAUGGCCAUUCCAUGGAUGAUGGCGAUGAGGAGGAGGAGAAGGCUGAGGAGGAGGAGGAGGAUAAGGAGGAUCGAAAGGUCGAGGAUGAGGAUGAGGACGAAGAUAAAGGUGAGCAGGACAAGCAUGAGGAUAAGAAUGAGAUUGGUUACAGCAAUCACAUGGAUCAUGAAGAUGAGAAAGAGGAUGAGGAUAAAGAUGAGGAUAAGGAAGAUGGUUGCAACAAUCAAAUGAAUCAUGAGGAUGAGAAAAAGGAUAAGGAGGAGAAUGGUGAGGAGAAAAGUCAGGAGAAAGGUGAGGCCAAGCAUGAGGAUAAGGAUGAUCAGUACGGCAAUCACAUGGACCAUGAGGAUGAGAAAGAGGAUGAGGAUGGAGGUGAGGAUCAAGAUGAGCAUAAGGAUGAGGAUAAGGAAGAUGGUUACAACAAGCACAUGAAUCAUGAGGAUGAGGAGAAGGAUAAGGAGGAGAAAGGUCAGGACAAGCAUGAGGAUAAGGAUGAAGGUGACUGCAAUCACAUGGAUCAUCAGGAUGAGAAAGAGGAUGAGGAUAAAGGUAGGGAUCAAAAUGAGGAUAAGGAAGAUGGUUACAAUAAUGAAUUGAAUCAUGAGGAUGAGGAGAACGGUGAGGAUAAGCACGAGGAUAAGGAUGACAAUAAGACCGUUGGUCGGGGCAAUCACAUGGAUAUCGAUGAUGACGAUGAUGAUGGUGAUGAUGACGAUGAUGAUGGUGAAUGCUUCUAUUAUUCUUGUGAUUAUUUAGACGAUGAAGACAAUGUUCCGUGCUUGACUUUGGAUGCAUUGCUUCAUGUGGAUGAUGCCAAGCAAUGCCAUUCGAAAUCCCGAACGAAGAAGGAAUUCGCUGUUAGAUUUCUACGCUUUUUGGUCUCCCAUCAUGUUCCACAGCUUGCGUCGGGGUUCUUUAACCGCUGGGGUGCAAAAGAUGUGACCGCAGAGAGCGAUGAGACUCUCUCCAUUCGGUUGCAUGAUUAUUGUCAAAGCGAUUGCGUGAACUUCUAUGAUCGAUCCUACUUCAGGCAUAUUGUCGCUAACAGGGGUUUAUUGGCCUUUCUGGUCGAUUUUGAUCUGGUAGGAUCGGACGGUCUGAACUGUCCUUUGCGCAUGCUCAUCUGGGAAGGGCAUUGGCCACCGGACAACGAUGAUCAUCAUGAGGAGGAGCAGGAGGAGGAGGAGAAGGACGAGGAUGAGGAGGAGGAGGAGGGGGUUGAGAGGGGCUGGUUCGCUAAGAUCAUGGAGCGGGGAACUGGUAUCCACGUCGGAUAUGCAAACGGCAAUGCAACAUAUCGCGACAAACCACUAACAGCCGUAGAAGUCGACAACAGAUAUAUCAAGAGUACAUAUACGCCACACGGGGACGUCCAAACUCUGGUUGAGAUCCUUUUCGCGCAUGGUAAAAGGAACUAUGCCCUCUUUGAUGGCUGGUCUAUUGAAAAAGCUAUAGAAAGGGGUUAUUGCACCUCUCUAUCGGACAUGGAAGCAGAGAUAGACGAUCUAAAGGCUGCCUCUUGGAAUCCAGGGUGCCUUUCUUACUCCGACCGAUGUGAGGUGGAGCACCUACUUCCUGUUGCCGCAUCUCUGAGUAGACUUUGCGCUAGAGAUCGUCCGUCCUUCGACGCCUGUGUUGCCAAGUACAGGCUUCGGCCGACUAGGCUUGCGGACAUCAUGCAGAGCCGCUACCGACUCUUUUGCUGCGUCUUCAGAGGGACUUGCUGGGCACAAUUACCGGAGGAUGUAAUCUUACACAUUAUGUCCUUUCUUCUGGCGCGAUACAUCCGUCGGCCACUGGCGUAGAAGAAGAGUUAAGGAAGUUAACUGAAUUAAGUAACUUAACUGAGUUAAGUAACUUGAGUGUGUGUAUGCAUUGGGCAAUA